ACUAAACCCUAGCUAUCCAGUCCACCAUCAAUUUCCACUUUCAAUAUUCCACCACUGAAUCAACAAGGUUUUUAACUUCUUCUUAUGGCUUCAGCUUGCCUGAAUAGAAUCGGAAUAUCACCAGAUAAUAUGCUAGAAUGCUCGCAGAAGUACUCUUCAUACAGCUGGUUCACUCACAGACUCUCCAUUAGCCGUGAAGAAGAUGUUUCUAAAUCAAAAUCCAAAUCCAAAACCAAGUGUGCUUCUUCUCCGAAGAAGAACCGUUCAGAUGUAUCCGAGCUAUCAGAUACCGACUCCAGACGUGAAGAACAGGUAAAAAAGUUAUCAGAUCUGACGAAAGAUGAAGAUCCGAACGAGUUUGACGGAUUUGAGUUCAGACUUGACGGUUCGGUUAUGAUGCUACCGGCAGAUGAACUGUUUUCCGACGGUAAACUUGUUCCGUUACAGCUGUCAGUUGUUAAUCAACCUGCCACGUCAUCAACAGAAAUUGUUUCCGGUGAUACUGAUACGCCGUGCUCUCGCCGGAGAAGUACGGACGAUGCGUUUGCUGCUGAUCCGUACUUGUUUUCUCCUCGAGCACCGAGGUGUUCCAGCCGGUGGAAAGAGCUUCUAGGUUUCCGUAAGCUUCAUCAAAACAGCAAUAAUGUUGUUAACAAGGUUGAUUCCAAUAAAGCAACCGGUGUUAACAGAUCUUCAAUAAGGCAGUUGCUCAAUAGAAGUUCAAGAUCUUCAAGCGAUUCGUUUAUCAAUUUACCGUUACUUAAAGAAACAGACGCCGAAUCGGUAUCUGUUUCUUCGCGUCCGUCGCUUUCGUCUUCAUCUUCUGGUCACGAGCUAGACGAUCUUCCUCGUCUAUCUCUCGAUUUGGAUAGACCUAAUAAACUUAACCUAAACUUUAACACUCGUCCGAAAACACGACUAGUGAAAACCAAGUUACAAUCAACAAUUCAGCAACGACAAACAACUGCUCGUGUCAGCCGCAGCACGAGCCGUCGUUCAUCAGAAUCCACUCGUGGAGUGUCUGUUGACAGUCCGCGAAUGAAUUCAUCUGGAAAAAUAGUUUUCCAUAGCUUGGAACGGAGUUCCAGCAGUCCUAGCAGCUUCAAUGGCGGACCUAGAUUCAAACACAGAGGAAUGGAGAGAUCAUACUCAGCAAAUGUACGAGUCACACCGGUGCUAAACGUACCGGUGUGUUCAAAAUCCGGUAGUGUGUUUGGAUUUCCGAUAUUUUCUUCACAGCAGAAGCAACGAGAACUUUCGAGCAGCAACAAUGGCGGAUCUGUUCGUAAUCGGUAACCGAACAUUUGAUAUGACGUUACUGUUCAUCGUUUUCGAUCAAUCAAUCAAUGGUGUUAAUUAGUUAUUAGCGUAGGCUAGCAUUACUGCAUUAGGCAUCUAGGUGUAGAAUAGUGUAUCUAUUUUUGUUGAUUACUUUGCAGCUAAUUUCUAAUGGUAGAAUCAGAUUCUUCACAAACUUCUAAGUA